AUGUCCUUCGCUCUGUCUGGCGCGGGUAACAAUGACAUCUUAGUCGCGGCUACCGCCCGGAGAGCUCGCGAGCUUCUCCUAUCUUGUCGAGAAACGCUAACGGAAGACCGAGACGUGCGCCGUAUGGCAGCUAAUCAACUCAGCAGAUUCGAUAUUUGGGCAUCGAAUAUCGGAGUGUUCUCCUCGAGACAUUGGUCCCUCGAUUACCAACUCCGCACGGCACCAGUUGCACAAGCCGCCAUUGAUGGCAACAUUGAGAUCCUAUGCAAACAUCUCCUGGGUGCUCUUGCCGGACGUGUCUCCUUCACCGACGACGAGCUCGUUGCUUUCGCCGAUACGGACUUACGGGACGUCUUUACCUUCGGUUCCAAGCUCCACGAAUCUUCCGCGUCAAUAAAAGACACUCGCGAUGUGCGCAUAUCUUCGCUGGAAUUGGCGGAGGCAACCAUCGAUAUGCUUCAUGAGCUGUCGCUCGCAAUUCGACAUGCAAGUAAUCGGCAUUCGCUGGUUCGGGUUCCAAAGCUUGUUGCCAAUGACCAAGGAUACUCUUGGGGCAAGACCCAUGAGGAGCUGCUCUCUAAGUCCGGCGUCACCGUUGAGCCGAUGAGGUUCGAAGUUACUGCAGCAUUUGGAGACUUCGUUCGCCGAGUGCUUCAGUCACGAUGGCUUAAUACAGACGUAGAUGUGGCUCUAGAUGACCACCAGAAGCGCUAUAGGGAAGCCAUGUUUCGACGCUGUAUCACUGUCAUCUCGGCACGCAGACGCCAAUUGACCUUCUUCCAAAGCCACCAGGCCAAAUUGGCGAGAACCGGGCCAGAAGAAAUCCUGAAAAAGCCGCAGCCUACAAUAAAUCCGAAUCCACAAGCGGCUCAGAAACCAAGCACCUUGCAGCAUAAUCUGUUAGCUCCAGCAGUCAGAAGCUCCGCGUCUGGUGAGCCUCGAAAGACCCUCACCAUUACUCCCAGCGAAACGACCCCUUCCGAGUUCAACAUUGCUUCAUUCUGUUCGCCGCCAUCUACGUCAGCACCACCAUCUACGGAGACUGGCUCUUCUGCCGGUGGCUUGGGAGCUACGGGCCCAUUUGAAGUUCCUCCAGCGCCAGAGCUAGCCAGCGAUGAGAAAGAGAAGAUGUGCCCUUACUGCUGUUUUGUUUACCCCGCGAAGACGUUCUCAGCCAAUAGAAGAUCUCGGCGGUGGAGAAAACAUUUGAUUGAGGAUCUCCAGUCGUAUAUCUGCCUGUUUGAGAAUUGCGACCAGGCAGGCAAGGCGUAUCGAACUUUCAAAGAGUGGCAGGCGCAUCUCAGUCAACGACAUGUACAACAAUGGGUGUGCCCUCUGAAGCACAAAGACCACGACAUUACGGAAAGCGAAGAUCUGGUCUACGACACAGCCGAGCGAUUCGAGGAGCACCUAGACCUCUCCCAUUCGGAACUAGAACCAUACAGGCUACACAGUGUCCUCCACGCGGCGAGUCAGCGAGCGAAGCUGCCACGAUGGUGCUUUGUUUGCCUGGCGGAGCAAAGCAGUGAUGUCGCACUUCAGCAGCACCUGGCAAAGCACCUAGAAACCGCCUUCAUCCUCGCGUUACCGGCUAGAGACGAUAUAAAAGACUCCGAUGCAGCCUCGAGCGGCCGACCCUCAGGCCGAACAGCCAGAAGUGACGGCGAACUCUCCGGCGAGGCGGGCCUUUCCGAUAUCAGGGACCCGUAUUCAGAUAAUGCCAAUGUAAAGGAAGAUGGAGAACUACAGUCUCUAAUGGCAAAGGAAUUCAACGCCUGUCUAGACGGAAUCGAGAUUGCUAGAGAGUUGCUGGAGAGUCCUUAUCAAUCUACCUGCAGAGGGGCGUUAGACGAAAGAGGAUGCAAGCGCGAGAGCAGUUGUUGA